GGUACUGUAGUGCCUAUGUCGGACACUCAGAUAGAAUUUUGUAUUGGCAUUUUCUAAAAUAUUGCACAAGUGAUAACAACUCUAGUGUAAACGAAAUGUGGAAAUUUGGUCUGUAUCUCAGUUUUCUGUUCAGUUUGUCUUCUGCUGAACUAACCAUCAGAGCGAUAUCUGACAAGCGAUUGAGUUUCGGUUAUAUUCCACAUUGGGAUGCGUCCAAGCAAAGUCUCUAUGUUACAAACGCUUUGAUCAGUUUAAUUCGCUAUGAUGCCGUCACGAAGCAACUGUAUGAAGGCACAUUCACUGAUCCAAAUUUCGAAAUCGAUUUUUUUCUACCCACAAACGACUGCCAAGAUUGUUUUGUGGCGUCACAUGGUCUCGAUGUUUACAUUGUUCACUGGGAUGGAUUCAAUUCGAAUGUAACGUUUGUUCGAAAAGUGACCGAGCUGCCAGGAAUAGAAAACUUGACGUACGUCAAUACGGCCAAAAUGGAUCCAAACAACCGACUUCUUGUCGCAACUUGGCGCUACGAUCGCUGUAAUCCCAACGGUGGUUCACCAGAUGGGUCUGUUUAUUUGGUUGAAGCUGAUGGCCAGACGAAAGAGAUAAUCGGUGGAGCUCUAUAUCCCAGUGGCCUUGAAUGGGAUGUGAGCGCAUCAAAGAUGUACUACAUUGACAUUUGCCAAUUGAAUAUCAAGUCAUACGAUUGGUCGAUUGUUGAUGGCACCGUACGAAAUCCGAAAAUUAUAUACGAUUUUCGCGAUGAUUUCCCUAUCGAUCCACCAGUUUCAUAUUACUUGCCUGUUGGGUCGAACAUUAACUUUGAUGGAAAUUUGAUGGUUGCACUAUUUAAUACAUCAACUAUAGUCGAAAUAAAUCCCACUACUGGAAAGCUUGUGCGUACUAUAGAAAUGCCGGCUGAAACUGUUACCGGUGCUAUAUAUGGCAGUAAAGAUACUUUAUUUGUGACAAGUUCAGUGCGAAAAUCAAGUUUCGAUGGCCAGAAGCAUGCUAACUCUAACAAUCCAGAGAGUGGAAAAAUUUUCAUUAUCAAUGGACUGAGUUCCGGUUCAGGAGCCUACUCUCACCCCAGUUUUUUUUGUUUUAUAGUCAUACUUUUCUGUAAACACAAAAUGUUCACAUAAUAUUGCGCAUUAAUCUAGACAAAGUGCGCAUAUUUUACGCAAUAAUAUAAGAUUAUUAUCAACAUCUAAGGGAAAAUAGAAACUCAACGUU